AACUGUGCUGCUGUGUUCAGUUAUCCAACAUGUCUGCGCCCUGAAGGAUGCAGCUAACAGCGUGAGGGUACAGGACAAGUUACAGUGCAUGGAUUCUCAGUUGACUUGGAGGCAGAUUUAAGGCUUUCCAGACCGACCAGGAUGUCAAAGAUCUCCAAGGCAGCCAAAGCUGUGAAGAAAUUGGAUGCUGGCAAUGUAAUCCGGGCUAUAGUGAGGUCAGGACAAGCGGCCCCUGGACCCCCACUUGGCCCCAUUCUGGGACAGAGAGGAAUUCCCAUCGGGCAGUUCUGCAAGGACUUCAAUGAGAAAACCAAGGAGCUGAAGGAGGGCAUUCCUCUCCCGAUCAAGAUCCAUGUGAAGCCCGACAGAACUUAUGACCUGAAGAUCGGCCAGCCCACCGUGUCUUACUUCCUCAAGCAGGCAGCGGGCAUUGCUAAAGGGGCCGGCAAGACAGGCCACGAGAUAGCCGGGAUGGUGUCAGUAAGGACAGUGUAUGAAAUCGCCCGGGUGAAAUCUGAGGAUGAGUGCUUCAAAAUGAGGAACACCCCCCUCGAAACCCUCGUCAAAACCAUCAUUGGCUCGGCCCAUUCGCUGGGCAUCAAGGUUGUCAACGAUCUCUCACCUGAUGAAUACAAAGUCUUCUUGGAGCAGAGGGAAGAGAAGUUGAAAGCCGAUGCAGCAGCAGCUGCAGAGGCUGCAGCCCAAGCUUUGUUGAGUAAAAAGAAAUGAAGACCUGCAACCUCCAACCCUGGGAUCCUCCCCAGACCCCAUUCCGGUUUAUAUUGAAUUUAUACCUGUAACACAUUCAUACGUAAACACUGUUAAUGUUAUGUGCGUCAGAUCUUAAUAAAGAGUCAGUUGUUGUGUCA